GUGGAAAGGUAUCGACUACCACGUGCGUUUGUUUGGUUUUUUUAGCGCAGGAAGCCGCGUUUUCCGACUCCUUUUUUAAACUAUGGUAUUCUUCACUUGCAACAUUUGCGGCGAAUCCGUCAAAAAGCCUGCCGUUGAAAAGCACUAUCAACAACGAUGCCGCGGAAAUAACAAAAAUGUGUCGUGCAUGGACUGCCUAAAAGAUUUUUACGGUGAGGAGUAUGUUGCUCACAUAAAAUGCAUUUCGGAAGCGGAAAAGUACGCAAGCGUAAGCCAGGGCUUUGUAGCCAAGGGCCCCAAAAAUAAGAACGCCAAGAAGCAGGAGAGUUGGAUGGACAUCAUACACGCAAUCCUCGAUAGCCAAGAGUAUGACAUGAGUCCGCCAGUGCGGGACGCGUUCAAACGGCUCCAGAGCGUGGACAAUGUGCCGCGUAAAAAAGCCAAGUUCGAGAACUACGUGGCAAACUGUAUGCGCAUGCCGCGACAUCAGGCCACGCAAGUUUGGGACAUAUUGGAGAAGGAGCUGGACAAGAUGAAGCGGGCAAAGGAGGAGGAAAUAGCGGCAGCUAAAAAACAAAACAAAACACAAAACGGGCAUACGGAAGAGACCAAAACCGAGGUUGCGGAUGAACAUGAACCAGCAAAAAAGAAGGCAAAAAAAGAGAAUGGUGUGGCGGUAGAGUCGACGCCAGCGGCGGUAGAUGAAGCCCCUGCCCAGUUCGAUUGGCAAGCACAAUUGACCAAACUAAUCGGGAAGCAGGACGAUGGCAUAUUUGUGGAGAAGCUGAAAAAGAAACUGCUGAAGAAGUACCAAAAACACUUGGCAAUCGACGAGCUCAACGAAAAGCAGAUGAACAAAUUCACCAAGAAAUUCGAUAAGCACUUGAAAAGAUGCGAGGGGCUGCAGAUAGACGGCGAUCUGGUGAAGCAGCGCCACAUAAAAACGUAAAAUUAAGCCUUAGUGUAAUUUUAGACGCAAAUAAAUCGUAAGCAAGCACACAACUUGUUGUUUGCAAUUUAUGGGCGCACAUCUAAAUGCUUCCGGCGAUGGAAUUCAUAGCAAUCGUCGGGCGAUCGACAAAUUGCAGUUGACAUUUGAUUGUUUAUGGUUGAUCCCUAUCUAUUUCGCGAUUUAUGUUCGCCAGUUAAGGUCCAAAUAUGUGGGUGGGAGCUAUAAAAGUCAGUCGAUUUCCUAGCUACUUGGAACAGUCUAGAACGUGUACUCUAACCGAGAUGAAGUGCCUUAACUUGUUGCUGCUCUUUACUUUGAUGGCGCUCUUUGCCGGAUUGCAUCAGCCUGUGGCUGCAGGGCCUGCACCUGAGCCCAAGGGACGUCCACAGACCACCCGACGCCCGCAGAACCAAUUGUUUUGAUCCAGUCACCACACAGUUUGCACAGUUGCGUUUAUUUCGCGGAAAAUUACACAAUAAAGCAAAUCUUUUAAAGCAUU